AUGGAAAAAUUACUAACUGUUUGGUUCGAUGCAGCUGCUGAAAAGUCGAAGCACAGUGAUGUUGUAUACAUUAUUCGUCGUACAAUAAUGGAUCAUGUUGAAACAUUUCAAGAUUUCAGUUUGUGUGAGAAUUAUAUAAAUGACGAAACGGACAAAAUCAUUUUUCUUGUUCUGUCUGGCCAUAGUUCAUCUGGUCAGUGUCUAAUACCCAAAUUACAUGACAUGAAACAGGUGCACUCCAUUUACAUUUACAGUAAACAUUACUUUCGAGACUAUGAAUGGAUAAAAGGGUUCAAAAUGGUAAGGAGAAGUUGGUAGCAGUUAUGUUGGUUUUGCGCCUUCACAGACUGAGACAUUAGAGAUUUACUAUUCACUUCUAUACAUCAACAAACUGCCUACGUUUUCUAACGGUCCGAAGCCGAAGGUUAGCUCGCAUUGCUUUGCGAAGAACUGUUGAUGCAAGUUAGCUGCUGCUUGGUUUUUGUGCCAGUUAUCUCGAUUUUUUAUUGCUCGGUUCCUUAGGUCGCAGGUAUUUAUCUCAAGUCAAAUCGAAUGUUCCAGAAACU